AUGGCCGAAGCCAUCGUGCUCCGUGGCCCAUCGCAGACGGGCAAGUCGACCUUUAUGAACAUGGUCUUGCUGCCGGGGGAUGCAGCGACCGUGGCGAUCGGUGAUGGCUCGGGCGAGUCCGUGACGCACGACAUCGCAACUCGGCGCACGUCUCUUGGCCUUGCGGUGGAUGGUCCCGGGGACAACGACUCCAUGAUGCGGUUCACGAUCGAGGAGGCAGGAAGGCGCUAUGCGGCGGGGGUCGCGGCUCUAGGUGUGCAGUGGCUCAAGUUUCUGAUCUUCGAGAGCUUGGCGUCUCCUGCAGUGCAGCUCCGUGCCUCACUGGCAUCGCUUGUGACCGCCUUCGGUGCUUCCGUCUUGCCGGGUGUCGUUGUGGUGGCCUCGCAGGCGGACCUUCGCACAGGUCCUCAGCGCGAGGUGCGACUCAGCGCACUACGUGCCGUCAUGGCCGAGCAGGGCAUCACAGAACUGGUCUUGUGGCAGCACGCAGACAGCCUGGACCAGGCAGGCGUGCAGGCAGAGCUGGCAGAGCUUCAGGCGGCGCUCCAGAGGGUGCCAAGCGUGUCCACAUCGGCGCUGGAAGAUCUUUGGCAGCGACAGCGUCAGCGUGCACAGGAGCUCUGCGAUCGCCAGCCCCCGCGCACGAGGGUGGUACAAGUGGAGGAGCAGUUCGCGGAGCCCUACACCGACCAAGAGGCAUACCAGAAACAGGAGCCCUACACAGAGCAGGAGCGCUACACAGAGCAAGUGCCUUACACGGAACAGGAGGCCUACGAGGAGAAUGAGCCCUACAUCGUAACGGAGUAUCAGAGCGUGCAGGUGGCAGAGGAGAGAGAGGAGAGAAGCAAGAAAACGGCUCUUGGACAAAGGAAGACGUACACGGUCCAGGUCACCAAGAGCGUUCCUGUCCAAGUGCAGAGGCGGAGGCCCGUGACGCGCCACCGCGAAGUGACGCGCUACCGAGCCGAAGAGCGGACUCGGCCCGUGACGAGGUACCGUGCGGUCACCAGGCAGAGAGAUGUGACCCGCUACCGUACUGCGAUGCGCACCGUGGACCGCACGGUCGAGUACUUCCUGCCUGUGGAGGACUUCCACCAACCAGCCCUGGAAGCGAUCCUCGCCGAGGUCCGUGCGAGCUUCCGGGCCCGUGCAGACGUCAUCCGACCCGAGGAUUCGGUUUCACAAGUUGCAGCCGGCCAUGCUGGGGACAGUGGCGCCGAGGCUGAUGACGACUCUUGGUCCUACAUCUCUCCGGGCAGGGGCGUGGUCCCAACUGCUUUCUCCCGGAUGCACUUUUCCGGCACGCAGACAGCUACUUCCUCCAGGCGAGGGAUUUGGUCCCUGGUUCGAACGUCCGAGCUGCAGAUGGCCGGACCCUCCAGGUCACGCACGUCGUGGAACACCAGGUGUCGGAGAUCCUGCAGCUGA